AUGCAAGAGGGGGAGCAGGAGGAGGACGCGGCCGAAAGAGGGGGCGGAAGUAGCGAGCCGCUCAGGGGGACGGCUCACGCCCCGAGCCAGACGACACAGGACAACUCCACGUGCGCGAUCCCGAAGAUGUGCGAGCGCGGCUCUACAACGCCCCAUGCUGGACCGGGAGGCCCCCGCCUCUGGAAUUCCUGCACCAAGGGGAGGCCGGGAGACUGGGGGCACUGCCGGAGGCAGCGAGGCAAAUUGAUCCAACGAGGAGUGUCCUGGCUGAGCCAAUCACGGAGUGAGCCACUGGCCCAGGGAGAGGCGUUGGAGGGCCAAGCCAAACAGCGCCUGGCUGCGAUGAUUCGUGCUCUCUUGUCUUUUCUUGAUUUGCGUGGCUACUUCUAA